UCCCUUGCCGGUAGGAUGCAGGGUGCGCUGUGCCGCAGCCUGCCUGUGGUGCUGGGGUUGCUGCUGUGCCACCCCACCACCGCCAGCGGUCCGUGCUGGGAGAACAGCAAGUGCCAGGACCUGGCCACCGAGGCUGGUGUUUUGGCGUGUGCCAAGGCGUGCCGAGCUGAGCUGUCGGCCGAGGCACCCGUGUACCCCGGCAACGGGCACCUGCAGCCCCUCUCCGAGAGCAUCCGCAAGUACGUGAUGAGCCAUUUCCGCUGGAACAAGUUCGGCCGGCGCAACAGCAGCAGCGGAGGGCAUAAAAGGGAGGAGGUGGCCGGCCUCGUCCUGCCCAUCACAUCACCCCACCGCCCCCCCGGGGAGGAGGAAGACGGAGAAGGGUUGGAGCGAGAGGAAGGGAAGCGCUCCUACUCCAUGGAGCAUUUCCGCUGGGGCAAACCGGUGGGACGGAAGAGGAGACCCAUCAAGGUGUAUCCCAACAGCGUGGACGAGGAGUCGGCCGAGAGCUACCCCGUGGAGUUCCGGAGGGAGACGGCGGCCGACGAGGAUCCCCUCGGCCUCUCGGAGGAGGAAGAGCAGGAGGAGGAAGGCGAGGAGGAAAAGAAGGACGGCGGCUCGUACCGCAUGCGGCACUUCCGCUGGCACGCGCCGCUGAAGGACAAGCGCUACGGCGGCUUCAUGACCCUGGAGCACAGCCAGACGCCGCUGAUGACUCUGUUCAAAAACGCCAUCGUCAAAAGCGCCUACAAGAAGGCCCAGUGAGCGGGGACGGCCCUCGGGGCAGCCCAGCCCACGUGGCCCCAAGCAGCUUUAGUGUCCUGCCGGCAUGUGUGUCACUUAGAUCCACAGAUCGCUCGUUAUGUCCUUAAUUACUACUCCGAAGCCCUCCUGCCCCCACACCCAAUGGCGACAGGUUGGGGCUGAAUGCGCCCAUGUGAGCAGUGCUCACGCCGGGUCAUUUUCCUACU